CUUCACCUUCUCACUUGUCCGGACACGUGAUCAUCCUAGGAGAAGGUUAUUUUGUCGCCAAGUAUAAUUUCUAAAUGAUCCAUGGGGACUCGCAUCCCAUGGUGCAACGUGAAACGGGAGUCCUAGCCUGCCGACCGGAGCUGUCAACAGAAAGCCUACACCACCACCACCAGUUUUUGCAUCCAUCAUUAGCCAAAACAUUCAGAAGGGCUGCUUCCAGAUGUCUCUGCUAGAAGAUAUAUUUUAUCUGUUGCAAAAUGUCCUUGAGUAUUUCGGGGUCUCUCCUGACAUGCUAAUUCCAGUGUGGGAGAGCCAGUUGUGCGGUCAGUACCGGAGCCUGGUGCGGAUGAUCGGGACCAACCUCCCAUUGACCCCGUCUCCACGUAUCCACUUCCAGAUUCCUCUACACACCUCCCGACAGCACAGAUACCUGGACGUCACCAUGGAUACCCUCCCCGCUAUCCCCUCCUUGGCUGACGUGCUCUGGGUGGCGGAGGAUGAGGGAGACAGCUUCACCAAGAUCAGGCAUCGUGAGCGUCCGUCCCGACAGGGUGCUGUGAGUCGGGGCGAUGAGGUGGUGCUGGCCCCUCCACGUCCAGGGGACCCAGGGUUGGCGGCGGUCCGAGCCCAGCCUAGAGACAUGAUGCUGGGGCACAGAUCAGACCCAGUGGCCCUGCGGAAGAUCACAGCCCUGGAGGACGAGCUGCUCAAACUACGAGCUCAGAUUGCCAUGAUUGUCACCGCGCCACCCUCAGGUCCAGCCCAUUCCCAGAACCUUCCGGGUACCCCUGGAAUGUGUCCUGCCUCUGUCCUCACCUCCACCCCUUGUCCUCCUCCUCCCUGUCCUCCUCCACCUCCUCCCUGUCCUCCUCCACCCAGCUCCUCUGUUGGUCUGUCUGCGGUGGAGAAUCUAAUCCAGCAGGGCAGGGAGGCCGGUAAACGUCAUGCCCAGGGGAAGAGCCAUGAGGCUGGGCAGGUUGGACUACUACAGUCCCAGGAUAAGGCGGUAGGACAGGGCCCGGUCCCCACCAUGCUGGAUGUACUGAAUGAACUGAACCAGGUGAAACUGCGCUCCGUGCAGAGGUCGCCCGGGGGAACGCCGGUGCGGAGGAGGCGGAGCAAGGGCGCGGCGUUGCUAAGCGACCCGGCCUCCAUGAUUGCCGAGGCCCUGAGGAGGAAGUUCGCCCACCGUCGUCUUGACGACUCGUACGACAAAGAGAACCGCUCGGUAGAGCUCUCGCCGUUCGGCAGCCCCGAUACAUCGCCCUGUAUCCCCCAGCAUUCCAAGCGCAGCCAAGGACGACUCCACCUGUGACCUCUGACCUCCAAGGUCAACUAAACCAGCAGGCUAUCGCUUCGCCAACCGGAAACACCGAUGCCCCCCCCGACUACUAUGGCAACUGCUGACUGAGUGUGCGUCCCAAUCAUACCUCCUUUCUCUCGAAGUGUACACUUGUUCGCUACUUUUAGAUUAGGGAAGUGAACAAGUGUACGUUUUAGGAGGAAGGAGAGAUAAUUGGGAUACAGGCCAGGUCUGUUUAUUUUCCGUUUGUUUUAGAAGAGCGUCUCUUGUCUUUUCACCGUGUUCUGUUCUAUGAUGCGUCCCAUCAGGUAUUGUUUAUAUAAAGGGACCAUUGAUAUUGAGGAUAAUUUAUUUGCAUGCAGUCAUUUUAAUUGUGUAUAUAUUUCGCUGUAAAUACACUAUGUGACCAAAAGUAUGUAGACACCUUUUCCAACAUCUCAUUCUAAAAUCAUGGUCAUUAAUAUGGAGUUGGUCCCUCCCCCUUUGCUGCUAUAACAGCCUCCACUCUUCUGGGAAGGCUUUCCACUAGAUGUUGGAACAUUGCUGCUAUAACAUCCUCCACUCUUCUGGGAAGGCUUUCCACUAGAUGUAGGAACAUUGCUGCUAUAACAGCCUCCACUCUUCUGGGAAGGCUUUCCACUAGAUGUAGGAACAUUACUGCUAUAACAGCCUCCACUCUUCUGGGAAGGCUUUCCACUAGAUGUAGGAACAUUGCUGCUAUAACAGCCUCCACUCUUCUGGGAAGGCUUUCCACUAGAUGUUGGAACAUUGCUGCUAUAACAGCCUCCACUCUUCUGGGAAGGCUUUCCACUAGAUGUAGGAACAUUGCUGCUAUAACAGCCUCCACUCCUCUGGGAAGGCUUUCCACUAGAUGUUGGACCAUUGCUGCUAUAACAGCCUCCACUCUUCUGGGAAGGCUUUCCACUAGAUGUUGGAACAUUGCUGCUAUAACAACCUCCACUCUUCUGGGAAG